AUUGAAUCAUCUUUUUGUUUGUAUAUUUUUAUUCUAGUAAAUUCUUCACAAUUCUCGUUUGAAACCAGUUUAAUAUAAAUACAAUGGCAGCUGUUUACAAUUAUCAGUUCAACAAUAGUAUUCCAGUGCGAGUAAGUGAAUUAUUAUUAAAAAGUUUGAAGUUUCUUUCUCGUUUGUGCACUUUGGAAGAAGUUUCGAAAACAGCAAGUAUUAAAAAUGGCUUUUAUUCCACGUAUGUUUCACGACAACUUUUGGGGACCUAACUGUCCCAGACGUAGACCAUGUUCUGGAAAUGUAGCAGGAAACAUUUCAGAAGAUAUCUUAAACUCCAUCGCAAUAGCACAAGCCAUGUUUGGUCCAGAAUAUGGCAGAAAUAAUCAAGAAGUGAAUACAAAUUCUCAACAUAGAUCCUCUGUUACUGUUGACAAGAAUAAAUUCCAAGCCAACUUCGAUGUACAGCAUUUUAAACCCGAAGAAAUCACUGUCAAGGUAAAUGAUGACAAAUCUAUUACUAUAGAAGCCAAACAUGAAGAGAAACCAGAUGAGCAUGGUGCAAUUUUCAGACAUUUCAUCAGAAAGUAUGUAUUGCCAGAUAAUUGUGAUGUUGACAGGGUAGAAUCUAGGUUGUCCAGCGACGGAGUGUUGACGAUCAUUGCCCCCAUAAUCAAUGAGAAUGCAGUAGGACAUAGAACGAUCCCAAUUAUAAGAACAGGAGAACCAGUUAAUCUCCAAGAAAGCAUAUCAAAUGAAGGAAAGAAGCAAGUAGAAGACAAAGAAGUAAUGGAAAGUUAAAAGUAGAAUUUUGUUAAAUAUUUUUAUACACAUUACCACAUUAUAAACUACUAGGAUAUGGGAUUUUAUAUCUAUUUUUUAUAUACCUACUUCUUAUCAAAGUUGUAAUAGUUUUUAUAAGUUUUUUUAAAUAAAUAUUUAUAAUUUAGAUUA